AAAGUGGAGUGAAGAGAAUUAAAGUCCAGUAUUGAUCCUGAAGUCAGGCUCACUUAAGCUCAACAGGAAGUCACUCAAGGACCAACAACCAGGAAGCAGCACGCUCUUCAUGAAGGAAUCAAUGUUGAACCAGGUCUCUUUAACAAUCCACAAAUAUCAAGAAGUUGGGAAAAGCGGAUGCUGGCGGCGGGCAGCCAUCGGGGGGGCUUCGUACCCGGUUCCCCGGUCAACAUCAGCAGGGAGGACCGCGGCCUUCGGCGCGUCGUCCUGGCCAGCGCCCAGUUCUUCAACAACCAAUCAAAUGACGCCUUCCUCUUCAAACCCUCGGCCAUCCUCAAGGCACAGCGGCAGAUCGUCAAGGGGAUUCGGUACCUGGUAGAUCUGGAGAUCUCCAGAACCGUCUGCCGUAAACGAGACAACAACAACAAUCUGUCCAGCUGUGACCUUCAGCCUGCAGGUCGGCUGCAGCAGACGUUCCAGUGCCACACAGAGGUCUGGGUGAUCCCCUGGCAGAACGCGACCAGAACCCAGGUGUUCCACUGCAGAGCCUGAAGCCACCUUCAUCAGCAGCCCCUCAUCAUCAUCAUCUUCAGCUGUGAUGGCCUUCAUCGUGUUGGUGGUGCCCUCCACCUGCCCCCCUUCCACACAGAAUAAAGUCUGUAUUCACUGAGAGCUGUGAAGGAGACACGUGUCUUUUUAAUAUUAUAUGUAUAUAUAUAUAUACAUAUUUAUGUAUAUGAAUAUACCUUUGGUGCCGAUGACGCCACCUGCUGCUCAGAAGGAAAACAGCAUCUAUAUUUGUCUUUUUAUCAGUUUAUUUUUAGAAGGCUGUAAAUCAGCAUGUAAAGUCUAAAAUAAUCCCAGCAGGAAUUUGUUUGACUUUAAAAUGUUACCACCUCCACAAACAUUGUACAUAUAGUUUAUUUUAAGGUGAGGCUGGUGCUGCAGGCCCUGCAGUGAGAGACCGACUCUCCUCGAAGUGAUGUCUUUUACUUCCUGGAGGUCCCAAUCAGAGUAACUGGUCCCAGCUCCUCCCAGCAGGAAGCUCCUGGCAGAGCGGAGUCACUCCAGCUGAGUGGGAGUCGUCACCAAAAUGCCAUUCAUUUAAAGAUGACACCACAGACAUGUUUCUGAUGCAUAAAAGUGUUUAAUCGCAUUUUCAAACAAAUAAUCAAUGUAUUUAAAUUAGGGCUGUCAAAAAUAGCGCGUUAACGGCGUUAAUUAGCUGUUUGUUGUUAAUUACGUCAAUUUUUUUGACGCAUUUCACGCAUGUGCAGUGUGACAAAUUAUUCAGGUCCGGAAAGAACCUCUUCUUCUAGGGAAUGCACUUCAUCCUAUACAACACAUUACUGCCACCUGCAGGCAUACGUCAGGCCGUCAGGUUCAGCAAGUCGUUUGCGCCAGAGACCCUAACCCCCCCCCCCUCCCCCUCCCCCCGGUUCUCGCGCAGCGGAACAGAGAAGAAGAAAAGCUCCGCCCAGCAGAGCUUUGCUAAGAAAAAUAAAUAAAGAGCAGCGCCGAGAUAGA